AUAUGGCUUUCAAGUUUGUAUUCGCACUCGCCUUUGUCGCCGCGGCCAGCGCUGGCUAUAUACCCGCUGCUCCAGUAUACCACGCCGCACCAGCCGUCGCCGUGCACGCAGCACCUGUGGCCGUAGCCCAAAAGGUUGUUGUGAAAUCGGAAGAAUAUGAUCCUCAUCCUCAAUACAAAUUCUCUUAUGGCGUCGAUGACAAACUCACCGGUGAUUCCAAGAGCCAAGUGGAGGAACGUGAUGGUGAUGUGGUCCAUGGUGAAUACUCUCUCAUUGACGCUGACGGUUACAAACGCACCGUUCAGUACUCUGCUGAUCCCAUCAAUGGCUUCAACGCCGUCGUGAACCGUGAACCUCUCGUUAAAGCUGUCGCCGUCGCUCCAGUUGUAAAGACUGUUGCUCCAGUUGCUCACUAUGCCGCUCCAGUCUCUCACUACUCAGCCCCCGCAGUGGUCAAGGCCGUUGCCCCCGUAGCUCAUUAUGCUGCCCCAGUGGCUCACUACGCCGCUCCAGCUGCCCAUUACACAUCAUACGCCGCUCCUGCAUACCAUCAUUAAUUCGAAGAGAAGUGAACAGUUUCGAAUACUCUUUUAAAUGGACGAGUGUGUAAACGCACAACGAAUUGUUAAUAAUUUUAUUCUAAUUUAU